GAGUCCGGGCUGCAGCCGGGCGCGCUGUAGCCUGCGAGCCCGCGAGCCUGCUAGCAGCGGCAGUGGCGGCAGCUUCUCCUCCGCACAGACCCGGGAGCCCCGGCCUGCGCGGCCCACUGACCCCGGGGCCCGCGCCCCACGGGGCAGGGAUGCAUCAUGGCCACGCUGGCUUGUCGCGUGCAGUUCUUGGACGACACCGAUCCUUUCAACAGCACCAACUUCCCAGAGCCCAGCCGGCCACCGCUGUUCACAUUCCGCGAGGACCUGGCUCUGGGCACCCAGUUGGCCGGGGUCCAUCGGCUGCUGCGGGCGCCGCACAAGCUCGAUGACUGUACCCUGCAGCUGUCCCACAAUGGUGCCUACCUGGAUCUGGAAGCCACGCUGGCGGAACAGCGGGAUGAGCUGGAAGGCUUCCAGGAUGACACAGGGCGGGGCAAGAAGAACAGCAUCAUUCUAAGGACGCAGCUGUCUGUGCGAGUCCAUGCCUGUAUUGAAAAGCUGUACAACUCCAGUGGCCGAGAUCUAAGAAGGGCCCUUUUCUCCCUGAAGCAGAUAUUUCAGGAUGACAAGGAUCUGGUGCACGAAUUCGUCAUAGCUGAAGGUCUGACCUGUUUGAUCAAAGUGGGAGCUGAGGCGGAUCAGAACUAUCAGAACUACAUCCUGAGGGCAUUGGGUCAGAUUAUGCUGUAUGUGGAUGGAAUGAAUGGCGUCAUCAAUCACAGCGAGACCAUCCAGUGGCUGUACACUCUUGUUGGGUCAAAGUUCCGCCUGGUGGUGAAGACGGCCCUGAAGCUUCUGUUGGUCUUCGUGGAGUAUUCUGAGUCCAAUGCACCACUUCUCAUUCAGGCUGUUUCUGCUGUGGACACCAAAAGAGGUGUCAAACCCUGGUCCAACAUCAUGGAAAUCUUGGAGGAAAAAGAUGGCGUUGACACAGAGCUAUUGGUUUAUGCAAUGACUCUAGUGAACAAGACACUGGCAGGACUGCCUGAUCAAGACUCCUUCUAUGACGUAGUAGACUGCCUGGAGGAGCAGGGCAUCGCCGCUGUGUCCCAAAGGCACUUGAACAAGAAAGGGACGGACCUGGACUUGCUGGAGCAGUUUAAUAUCUAUGAGGUGGCACUCAGGCAUGAAGAUGGCGAUGAGACAGCUGAACCACCCCCCAGUGGGCACCGGGAGCGGAGGAGGGCCAGCAUGUGCUCUGGUGGUACUGAGGGUGAGCAACAGGGCCUUGACCGCAGAAGGAGCCGUAGACACUCAAUCCAGAGCAUCAAGAGCCCACUGUCAGCGCCCACCAGCCCCUGCUCCCAGUCCGUUCCUGCCUUCAAACCCAGCCAAGUUCGAGACCUCUGUGAAAAAUACAGCAACUUCAGCAGCAACUCUUUCCAGUCCUCCAGGCCCUCUCCUGGACCUAGCAUGUCCCCGUCAUCUGCACCGUCCCCACAGGACACCAGGUCAUCACCAAGUGGCCUUCUCACGUCCUCGUUUAGGCAGCACCAAGAGUCACUGGCAGCCGAGAGAGAGCGGAGGCGGCAGGAGAGAGAAGAAAGACUGCAGAGGAUAGAACGGGAAGAAAGGAACAAAUUCAACCGGGAAUAUCUAGACAAAAGGGAGGAGCAGCGGCAAGCGAGAGGAGAAAGAUACAAAUACUUGGAGCAGUUGGCUGCUGAGGCGCAAGAGAAGGAGCCGAGAAGCCGGAGCGUGGGCGGCCGAGCUGACCUCUCCUUGGACCUGAGCUUGCCAGCAGCAGCCCGUGCCUCGCCUUUCCCAUCAAGCCAGAGUCCUUCCUCUGCUGACUCCCAAGAGGCUCUGGCGGUGCCUUCCUCCCCGCCCACGCCCACUCUGCAGUCCCCCCAAGUAAGUGGUAAGGACCACGAGCCUGAACCGGAAGCGGAAGCUGGGCAGGGUGCUGAGGAAGCCAGCCAGGACAUAGCAUCUGCCCACAGAGGAGCAGAGAGCCCAGAGGAGCCAGUGCAGGAGCCAGAGCCUGAGGAAAGAGCUUCACUGAGUGAGAAGGAGAGGCAGAACGAGGAAGUGAACGAGAGGGACAACUGUUCCGCCUCCAGCAUCUCCUCCUCCAGCAGCACCUUGGAGAGGGAAGAGAAGGAAGACAAACUGUCUGAAGACAGGGCGACUGGUUUGUGGCCCACCAGCCUUCAGGAUGUGGGUGUAAAUGGACAGUGUGGUGACAUCCUUACCAGCAAAAGGUUCAUGCUGGACAUGUUGUAUGCCCAUAACAGGAAAUCCACAGAAGAUGAGGAAAAGGGAGAUGGCGAGCCUGGGAGGUCUGCACAGGAGGUGGAGGCCGUGGCCAGCCUCGCCACCAGGAUAUCCACUCUGCAGGCCAACUCUCAGGCCCCAGAGGAGACCAUCAAGAGGGUGGACAUUGGCUGUUUAGACAACCGGGGCAGUGUGAAGGCAUUUGCUGAGAAAUUCAACAGCGGAGAAGUAGCGAGAGGCUCCGUCUCUCCGGAUGCGGAGUCUCACGACAAGGUCCCGGAUACACCGCCAGCACAGCCGAAGACUGAGUCUGAUUACAUCUGGGACCAGCUCAUGGCCAAUCCAAGGGAGCUCAGAAUCCAAGACAUGGAUUUCACAGACCUAGGGGAGGAGGAUGAUAUCGAUGUUUUGGAUGUGGAUCUCGGCCACCGGGAAGCCCCGGGGCCACCCCCUCCACCUCCUCCCACCUUCCUGGGUUUGCCGCCCCCACCCCCUCCGCCCCUGUUGGACAGCGUGCCUCCCCCACCAGUCCCCGGUAAUUUAUUGGCUUCUCCUGUGUUCAACACUCCUCAGGGAUUAGGGUGGUCCCAGGUACCCAAGGGUCAGCCAGCAUUCACCAAGAAAAAGAAGACGAUCCGACUGUUCUGGAAUGAAGUCCGGCCCUUUGAGUGGCCGAGUAAGAACAAUCGCCGGUGCAGGGAAUUCCUGUGGUCAAAACUGGAACCCAUUAAGGUGGACACUUCCAGACUAGAGCACCUGUUUGAAUCCAAGUCUAAGGAGCUGUCUGUCACCAAGAAAACAGCUGCAGAUGGUAAAAGGCAAGAGAUCAUUGUUCUGGAUUCCAAGAGGAGCAACGCCAUCAACAUUGGCCUGACUGUGCUGCCUCCUCCAAGGACCAUUAAGAUAGCCAUUUUGAACUUUGAUGAGUAUGCCUUAAACAAAGAAGGGAUUGAGAAAAUUCUGACCAUGAUUCCAACUGAAGAAGAGAAGCAGAAAAUCCAGGAGGCUCAGCUGGCCAACCCAGAAGUGCCCUUGGGCAGUGCGGAGCAGUUCCUUCUCACGCUCUCUUCUAUCAGUGAGCUUUCAGCUCGGCUCCACCUGUGGGCAUUCAAAAUGGAUUAUGAAACCACAGAAAAGGAAGUGGCCGAACCACUUUUGGACCUGAAGGAAGGAAUAGACCAGUUGGAGAACAAUAAGACUCUGGGCUUCAUCCUGUCUACCCUCCUUGCCAUUGGGAACUUUCUAAAUGGAACUAACGCCAAAGCAUUUGAGUUAAGCUACCUCGAGAAAGUUCCAGAAGUCAAAGACACAGUGCACAAGCAGUCUCUUCUCCACCACGUGUGCACCAUGGUAGUGGAAAACUUUCCGGACAGCUCGGAUCUGUACUCAGAGAUCGGGGCCAUCACCAGGUCAGCCAAGGUUGACUUUGAUCAACUUCAGGAUAAUUUGUGUCAGAUGGAGAGACGAUGCAAAGCUUCAUGGGACCACCUCAAGGCAAUUGCAAAACAUGAAAUGAAACCAGUUUUAAAACAACGGAUGUCAGAGUUCCUAAAAGACUGUGCAGAGCGAAUUAUAAUUUUAAAGAUCGUCCAUCGGAGGAUAAUUAACAGAUUUCACUCAUUCUUGCUGUUUAUGGGCCAUCCCCCUUAUGCAAUUCGAGAGGUGAACAUCAACAAGUUCUGCAGGAUCAUCAGCGAGUUUGCUCUGGAGUAUCGCACGACCAGGGAAAGGGUUCUACAGCAGAAGCAGAAGCGGGCCAACCACAGAGAGAGAAAUAAGACCAGAGGGAAGAUGAUCACCGACUCUGGCAAGUUCUCCGGCAGUUCUCCGGCAGCACCGAGCCAGCCACAGGGCCUGAGCUAUGCCGAGGAUGCAGCGGAACAUGAGAACAUGAAGGCUGUGUUGAAAAUCUCAUCUCCUGUGCUAGAGGAUGCUACCCCUGUGCUUGGUGUCCGCACUCGCAGCCGGGCAAGCCGAGGAUCCACAAGUUCAUGGACUAUGGGAACCGAGGAGACACCCAGUGUCACUGAUGAUGCAGCUGAUGAGAUCAUGGACCGCAUUGUCAAAUCAGCCACCCAAGUGCCCAGUCAGCGAGUGGUGCCACGGGAGAGGAAGCGUUCCAGGGCCAACCGCAAAUCUCUGCGAAGGACCUUGAAGAGUGGCCUGACUCCAGAAGAAGCCAGAGCCCUGGGCCUGGUUGGCACAUCUGAACUGCAACUGUGACGUUUAUAGGCCCUCAGAAGUGUGCUGAGCAGAGGACCAGCUCUGGAUGGACCCACCCCUUUCAGUGGGGGCAGGGAGACUUGACCUGGACAUCUGAUGGUUAGAACUGAGUUCUCAUGUCUGGGUAGCACACUGCUCAUCACCGUUGCGCACUAACAUGGAUCUCCAGAAAUCUCCUGCAUGUACUUUAUCAAGUCGGCCGUGUUUCUCUUGUUUCCUUGAUACCCGGUUUAUUAGCUCCAAGUGUGACACCUUUUCUAGGAAGCAACAGUCCUUGUAAGGAACAAAUCACUUCUGUCACAGUUGUUAAGAUAACACAGGGCAAUGUGAUUAGACUCAGAGACUGGGUCUCCACAACAACAAAAUGUCCAGAUAUAAAUGCCAAUGUUGUACACAAAUGCAAGCACAGGUUGUUUACCAAUUGUGGAUUUUAGAUGUACUAAAUGUUUAUACAAACUCAUGUACAUGUACACCAUGUUUCAGUGACUAAAUAAAUAGAAAUUAAUGUCA